AUGAGAAUGUGUUUGAGUACUAUUUAUCAAAAAAAUGAAAAUGACUUGCCCAGGAGGAUCGUCCCUAAACUACCAACAUUUUAUUCAGCAAAUCCUAACCAUGAAGAUCGUAUCAAUCGAUUAGAGCGCCUCUUAAGAAAAUAUGUAAAAUUACCAGCUCAGAACAACAAUGAAGUACAACAAACGAAGGCACCUUGGAUUUCUUUUGAUGAAUAUGCGUUAAUAGGUGGUGGUACAAGGUUGAAACCUACCCAAUAUACUCAGCUGCUGUACAUGUUGAAUAAACUACGCAACAUUGAUCCUCAGCUGACCAAUGAAGAAAUCACAUCCGAACUAUCUCAAUAUCAUAAGAAAAGCUCCAUUCUUUCAAAUAAUGUCAAGACGAAAACUUUAGAUGAGUUUGGAAGAAGUAUAGCUGUAGGAAAAAGAAAAAGUUCUACUUCAAAAGUCUUUGUCGUUAGAGGUACGGGAGAAAUAUUGGUGAAUGGCCGACAACUUAACGAUUAUUUCCUUAAGAUAAAAGAUAGAGAAUCCAUCAUGUAUCCACUCAAAGUAAUUGAGUCUGUCGGAAAAUAUAACAUUUUUGCAACAACAUCAGGAGGCGGGCCUACUGGCCAAGCUGAAUCGAUCAUGCACGCCAUUGCAAAGGCUGUGGUUGUAUUUAAUCCAUUGUUAAAAUCGAGAUUGCAUAAAGCUGGUGUCUUGACAAGAGAUUACAGGCACGUAGAGAGAAAGAAGCCAGGGAAGAAGAAGGCAAGAAAAAUGCCAACGUGGGUCAAGAGAUAG